AUGGACGACUCAGAGACCCGCCUAUUUCGCUUCUCCAAGCCGACAUGGCUAAAUAGUGCUAAUGCCCGCAGCGCAGGCGUGUACGCCUCGGGUGCUCUGUUCUCCCUCGGGUUCUUUUUCUUCAUUGACGCGGCGGCCUUUUCGCAUAGCUCUAAAAACGGUUCUAUUGUUCAUGUCAAAUUUGUUGACUGGAUACCUGGGAUUUGCUCAUCGCUGGGAAUGCUGGUAAUCAACUCGAUUGAAAAAUCCCGCUUAACUGCCGAUAGCCUUAGCUACUUUGGAAACGGUGUUGCCUGGAAGGUACGAUUUGUGUUAUUCUUAGGGUUUGCCUUGCUAGCUGGUGGGUUGGCAGGGAGUGUGACUGUAAUGGUGCUCAAAUACCUUAUCAAAGGAUACCCACUGCAAACGCUAUACUUUGGAAUUGCAAAUGUAAUUGCAAACGGUUUAAUUAUGGUCAGCUCUGCGGUUUUGUGGAUUUCGCAAAACAUGGAAGAUGACUAUACGUAUAGCCUUGCUCUAUGA